UUGCGAAUCAUGCAUUUAUUCCCAAACAAUGCUAUAUAUAGAAGUCCCCGGUCAAAAAGUCGCCGGCUGAACCGGUCGCCAUCAGUAUAUUAUAUGAGAUACUGCAAUCCAUAAACUGCAUGUACACGAAAUGAAAGUCCUCAAAGUAACCACAGCCUUUCUGGCAGCCGUCAAGUCCGUCUGGACACGUGGGAAUCCGUUUGCUGCUCUUACGGCGCUGUGGCCCACCAACGAGGAGGGGAAAUACGUGAUCCAAGCUGAAGGCAUUCGUCUGGCCUUUACCAACCAUGGAGCAGCUGUCACGAAUCUUUGGAUAAAUGACACUUGUGGAGAGGAGGUUGACAUUGUUCUGGGGCUGGAUGAUCCGACCGGAUAUCCUCAGAUGCAGUCCAAUCCCUGGCUGAAUGGUGUUAUAGGUCGAUAUGCGGGAUAUAUGAGCGGUGCACGCUAUCGUGUCGGCGACACGGUAUACAAUGUCACUGGCAACGCACACAACGGAACAGCGCUCUUCAACGGUGGCAAUGAGGGCUGGGGCCGCCAGAGCUGGGAUAUUGCCGCCCACAUCGACAAUAGCAUCACUUUCGUGCUGUUUGAUCGCAUGUGGAAUGGUUUCCCUGGUGUCUUUGCCUCGUGCCUUACCCACACUGUCACGCCUUACGAGUGGCGCAUCGCCUUUGGGGUGACGCCCUUGCGACGACACGGUCCCAUCAACCUCAGCCAGCAGGCCUUUUUCAACCUCGAUGGCUUCCGUUGGAAUACCACAAAGACGAUAGAAGAGCAUACGUUACACCUGCCGUCCGCUGGAAUGCGAUUUGCAGUGGAUGAACUCAGGCUGCCAACGGGGGAUUUAUUAAGCAACCGACAGGGACAAGGGCACGACUUUUGGUCUUCCGCAAGGAGUAUUCCCCGUGGAUAUGAUCAAACGGUUGCAUUGUCUCACAAGCACGAAGGAAGUAAAGAGGAGUCGCCGGUGGCAGUGCUAUCGUCGCCUCAUUCUGGAAUCACAAUGCGGUUGUUCACAGAUCGGGAUGCCCUCCACGUGCAUACCUGGGAAGAAGAGGGGACAAUCCGAUUAAAGAAAGGCCAAGGGAAUGGUACGGUGCCCCGCCAUGGUGCGAUAUCGCUGGAUAUCUCAGAAUGGCCAGACGGCGUGAACCACCCCGAAUGGAGGAAUCGACAGACUCUUUGGGGGAUGGAGGGGCUGUAUACCAGCUUUGCAACAUAUAGGUUCUCGGUUGAUCGUCAGAAAUAG